UCCUCCGUGUCUCACGUGCACACUUGCAUGACUCAUUAUUGGAGUCUCUUUGCACAUCCGUAAACUCUGCAGCAUUUAGUGCAGUGGCGACUCUCAGCUGUGUUGAUCUCCUCUUCCUCAUAAUAAUGAUACCCCGGACGUAUGUCUGUAAACGGAACUGAGCUAUCAGCGGAGGAGUUCGAUGGAGUCAGCUGUCGUGUUUUAGGGAAAUUAAACCUCCAUAGCGGUCACAUCCAGAGGAAACUGAGUCAGAUCUUCAGAGACUGAAACGAGGAGGAAGUUUGAAAGAUGGACAACGAAGACAGUCCCAUCGCCAGGGUGGAAAGGACUCUCUGGACAGUCUGGAACUAUAUAACUGGGGCUGUGAACAGAUUCCUCAGGCCAGACCCUGCUGACAUCUCCAACAACGACCCAAACUCCAUCAAUGAACCUGAGGUUGACGGGGAGUCCGCUCACAUUGGUCACACAGAUAUUGAAAGCGGGGUUGAUGAGGAACAGUCUCUUCCCUCAGCCUCUCUGUUAAGCUCAUCCCGACCACUUGUUGCCUGGGAUCAUUGCACCACAAACAUCGACCUUAAGCCUGAUGAAGAAAGCGUGCGGUACAAAACCCAGUCCAGCAGAGGCAGCGAGAGUAAUGACUCUGAAGAAGGUCAGGGCACGAGAGAGGAACCAUUAGAACAAAAAGGAAAUGACAAUGCAAGGCUGCAGGGCACAAAAGAAGACGGACAAGAAAAAGACGAAGAUCAGAAAUUGCACACUCAUGGACAAGAUGAGAAGCCGGAGAAUAGAGAGGAUGAAGAUGAUGCAAUCACCCGGUCAUUAAGACAUACAGGUGAUGCAAUGAGUGAAGACAUGGCGCACAAUGAAAUAAAAACUGGUGAUGACCAAAAUAAGAAGGCUAUGACACCAGAGGAUCGACGAAAAAUGCAUGAGACCAUUCAAGAACAGGAAGAAGAGGAGCAUGGAGAUGAAGAUGUGCAGGUGGAAGACGGUGAGGUAAACUUGAUCACAGAUUUCAGUCUAGAUAAAAUGGACGUAGAGGAGGCUAAGCUACAGAGGAAUGAGGCAGAUAGAGAGGCGACGCCUGAGGAAGUAGAAAACAAAAAUGGUGCGUCACAGCUGGCCUCUGAAAAUGAGAACAAGUUUAAUGAGAGAGCAAAACAAGUCUGUGAAGAGUUCUCAGACGAUGACAAAGAUUUCAAGGAAGACCCAGGCUUCUUUUCACUUCAUGUUGAACCCCAAAGAAACCAAAAUAAAGAUGGCAUCCUGCCUGAGGAAGAGCUUAAUGUCGUGGAGCAAGAGCAUGCUAUGGCUGAUAGAAGGGAAAGUGAUAAAGCUGAGGAGGAGGAGGAGGAGGAGGUGGAGGAGGGGGAGGAGGUGUUGGAGGUGGAGGUGGAGGAGGAGGAGGUGGAGGAGGAGGUGUUGGAGGUGUUGGAGGAGCAGAAGAGCACAUUGGAUGAGGGGGAUGUCAAGGAAGAAAGUGUGAGUGAGGCUACAAACAACCAGACAAUAGAGGAAGCAUCGGAGGAGGAAGACAACAUCAAAACAGAUACGGAAGACCGCCAAGAAGCAGAUAUAUUAGCUGAAUGUGUUACAUGCAGCGAAGAAGAUGAGCAGAAUGAUAAAACAGAGCCACAAGCAGCUGAAUUCACAUAUGGAGAACAGGAGGAUGAGGCGAAGGAUACUGAAACCAAAACAAAAGAGACAGAAAGCCAUGUGGUCGAUGAAAACUCUGAUGUCACAACAACACACUUUUCAGUAGAGUUUGAUAAAGGUCAAGAAGAGGAGGAGAGGCUCUCCAGUGAAGUAGUCCACGAGGAAAGUUACAUGGAAAUAGCAUGUACAACCACCUCAGUUACGGUAAGACCUGAAGGCGAGACUGGAGAGGAAAUGAGCGGAGAGUGUAAGGAUAUUCCUCUGAGGAUAUGUGAAGGCCAGCUUGUUGUGUCGCAGGAGCUAAGCUCUCAGACACGUGAGGAAACACAAGAGGGAGUUCCUGACUUCAACAAUAAGCCAGAUGAAAACACAACACAAAGGUUCCUGGAAGAAGGGGAUUGCGAGGAAAUCCUUGGCAGCCAAUUACCAGAAGAGGUGGAGGGCAAAGAGUCAGAGAGCCUUCAAAACAGUGGCUCCAGCACCGGAGCUGACUAUUUACUGGAGAGGGAGCGAAGGGAAGAAGGAGAAGAAAGCACGAGAGACAUUGAGAACAGCUUUGACGACAGGCCAACAGAAGAUACGGAGAAACAACUUCUCGAAGCAGCGAUUCAAGAGUCAGGACAUUUCUUUGAAGAAGAGGAAAAGGAAUUACUGUUGGUCUCAAUGAAGUCGAGGAUCGUACACUCAGAAAAGGAGCUUGAGUCCCACAUCAGCUUAACAGACGAGAAGACAGAAGAGACACAAGAUGGGACUGAAGAUCUUUUGGUUGAAUUUGACUUAGAAAAAGGGUCAUUUGAUUACAAAUUAUCUGAUCAAGUAGGCAGUGAGGCGAGAGAAGCUGUCCCAGCGGAGGAAGUGGUCUGGUCCACUGAUGAAACUGUCCUCGAGUCUGAAAUAGAGACAAGCUUCUUCCAGGAAUCUGUAGAUGCCCGAAACUCGAAGCAAAACAAAAACAUGACUCCUAGUUUUUUAGAUAACGUGACUGACUUUGAAUUCUUAAAACAGCCAGAAGAUAUUGGGCAUAAAAUACUUGUAGAAAUGCACGAUGCAGGGAUAGAUGUGGAAGAAAUGGGUUAUGGAAUCGAACAAGAGGCCGAAGAAGAUGUAAUGCAGAACAAUAGUGAGUUGGAGAUUUUACAUCAGAAGGUAGAGGGGAUUGCAGAAUCUGAAUUGGAGGUGAGAAAUCAGCUAUCAGAUGAAGCACUUCAGAUAACAAAGGAGGAGAUGUUGACUCAAGAGGCCGGGGACUCAAAGACAGCUGAGUCUAAACCAAAAGAUAUGAGUGUGUUGUCAACAGAAGACAUGGCUGAGCAUGUGAGAGAAUCAGAAGGGAGUUAUGAUGAAGAAACAGUCUGCUCAACGAGUGGACGUCAGGAUGUGAUCGAUGAAGAAAUCCUUGAUUUGUGGAUACAAACGGCUUUGUCAAAGGACACGGAAGGCAUAAAACAACAAGACGAACCAGAGGCCAGACGUCAAAUUGAGCUUUCCAAUGAGGAACAAGAUGAAAUAUCAUCAGUUCAGACAGAGAAAGAUAAAGGGCAGCUUGUGGCGUCAAAUUUAAAGGAAUCUGAAUUAGUGAGUGACACAGAAACGUCUUCAUCAACAGUAGAGUCUGGAUUUUCAGACCAGUCUCUCAGUGAAGGGGGGGAAACUCAGCUGCUGAAAUCAACUAGUGCUGGGUCAUUUCAGGGCAUAUACGACAUGUUGGUUAAUCUGUCAGAAUCAGCAGACUUCGAUGAAUUGUCAACACAACAACUUGACUCCCAGGAUAUAUUGAUGGAGGAAACAGCUGAGACAGGGCGAUCAUAUCUGAAAGAAGAGAAAUCAAUCACUGAGACAGGAUUUCAGCCGGAUGCAGGAGUCCCGUCACCAGACGCUGGACAUCCAUAUCAGGAGUCCGAUAAAGCAAGAGAAAAAUCAGAUGAUGAUAGAGCUAUAUCAGGGGAGGCUGACACGGUAUCACAGACAGACAUUGAGGCUGAGGUAACUGACUGGAAAGACACAAAAGAGGCAGACCCUCUAUUCAAAGAGGAGAAACCAGAAAGUGAAGAUGAGCCUCUUCAGAGAUCUGUCUCUCCAGAUGAAAUUAAACAUAUCGAACCCGGACGAUCCCGAAGUGGCUCAGAGGCUUCUUCUUCAGGGGAGGACAUAGUGAUGACAGAAUCUGGCUCACAAGGCGACACUGAACCACCACUUCGAUGGUCAGAGGUUGAAGCUGAAUCAUUACCUGAGCCAAAUGAAGUGGAGGUGGGGAAAAUGCUGAUGGCAGAGUAUGAAGAUCUGUUGGAGGUGGACUCCGCUGCGCUUGACUUUACUGUGCAAAGGGCAAGAAUUUCUGUUAAAGAUCCUCGCGUAAGGCCGCCCAAAGACCCCCGCUCCCUCCUGCAGAUGCCCUCAGUUGAUCCCACACCGUCUCCACGUCUGCCAGCCAAAUUUCCUGCAGGUGUGCCUUUAGGGGGCAUGGGCAUGGGAAUAAAACUGCCUGGGUUUGGGGCAGGGUUUCCUGUUUUGAAAAAGACACAACGGGUGGAGAGGGAUGAAAAUAGCCCAGACACCGUCUCUCAGGAGCAGGAGGAGAAGAGUGACACUCCCAAACAAGAUGAGGCACAACAGAAACCUAAAUGGAUGCCACCAAGACAUCCGGGAUUCGGAAACCCACUGAUGUCCGAGCUGAAGACCAAACUGAAAAAAACCACGAAAGAAUGACAUGUGGAUGAAUUGUAAUGCUUUAUAUGAAUGUUUGGAUAUAAUAUACAAAUUGCUUUAUUUUGUAUGUAUUUAUGAAACUCAAUACAGUGAUGAAAUGUUCAUCACAUUCAUUAUGUGCCUUAUUUUUUGUAUGUUUUGUAAUAAAGCUUAUCUGAAAAAACAGUAUUUUUUUUC